UUGCCGCCCACUCUUCCCUCUGGUCGUGCAGCAGUUUUAUGCACAGUUGUUGCUUUAAAGCAGCUCUGUAAAGACUAAAAGGCUUCAAGAUGGCAUCCCAGCAGCUCUACUUGAGGAUAAUGGGGCUGGCUGUGUUGUUGACACUCUUUGCACUGAGAGAUGCAUCCAGUGAAAGCAGCUUGCACAAGAUCUUGAGGAAAAGAGAUGUGGCAGGAGCUGGUACUGCCCCCUCAAAGUCCUCUGUUGCCGUCCCGUCUUCCAAGGCUCAAGAGUUCCUCGCAAAACUGAGCAGAACCAAGAGGAACCUCUGGGAUCGCAGCAGACCGGACGUGCAGCAGUGGAUCAUGCAGUUUAUGUACAUGGGAUUCGAUGAGCAGAGGCUGGAGACUGACCUGUCAUACUGGAUGGACCAGGCUCGCGCCAGUGACCAAGGGCGUCAACACCACUAUGAUGAGAAUGCCCCCAUUGGCCCACGUGACCCCAGUGCUUACAGACACGGAGCUAAUGUCAACUAUGAUUACUAUUAACUGUGACAGUCUGUUGGUUUUACACCUGACGUGCAGCUGCCAGUAUCCAAGUACUCCUAAGUCAGGGUUCCCACAUAUUGUUACCAAUUAAUUUUAAUAACUUAUCCAUAAUAUUUUUCCCAAUAUCCAUGACUUUAUGUAAGUAGUUAGAGAUGCAGCCAUAAGUUAUUAAAUACGCUUUUCCCAGGCAUUUGCAAACUGCUAGCGUUUGCUAUCUUUACAAGCUCGUUAGACAUUCCAGCCGCCAACUACCAACAUAUGCCCAAAAUAGGUAAUUCGCAAAAAACAUCAAGGCCACGCCCCUUUUUGGAGGAGAGAAACUAAAAAUCCUAGAUGUCAGUGGAAUUUCACAUGUGACAGUUUGUAAGUAUUUAUUUCUUGUUGAAUGAAUAUUUGUUUUAUGGACGAGUCUAAUUGUUUUGGAACUGUUUAAAAAAAGAAAAAAGGAGGCAGCACUUCAACAGUGGCGUUCUCAGUAAGCAGAGUGUUGAGCCCAAAUCCAAGGGUGCAUACUCCAAAAAAUGCGAAGAGGUAACACAUGCCAAAUUCCCAAGUGAAGGAGGACAAAAUAGUCACAUUUCAUUUGUUUAAUUGGCUCACAUUGCAAUUAAACUAUGCUGACAUGUUUCUGCAUACCAUGAGCCUUCAUCAGAGCUUUUCUGCAUUUUCCUCUUUCUCUCCUCAUGUGACAAUGUGCUUCUUUACCCCUGAAAAGGCGGGGCUUGGCAAUGACACGAUGUAUCAUGUGAUACUGGUGGUGUUUCAACUGUGACACAGCCCAGCACUAGUUUUUAAAUUAGUAACAGAAGGAAUGUAUUUUGCAUUUUGGGAUUAUUAUGAACAUUUUUAAGCAAUUGCCAAAACAAUAUAUGUUCAAAACUUUUCCAAAACCUUCUGUUAGCUCCUCAGGUCUGGAAAUCAGUUUUUCUAAUUUCAUAACUUGUCCAGGAAUGACAUGAGCGUGGGAACCCUGCACAGCUGCUCCGGCUUCUUUGUUUUAAUUGGUUAGAUCAACUAGUAUAACCCACUCUUUGUCACCAUCCUCACGUAUUAGUUACAGAGCAGAGGUGAUGUUCAGUGACAGCACAAACACAAUUAUGCGUGCUAUUUACAAAUUUUGUAAGCAACAUUUUGAGGCAGCUGAUUUGUAUGAAAUACUGUUAAAAUCUGAUGUCUGGCUCUUUUCUCAUCACAAGGUCACUGUAAAUAAAGAUGCGGCUCUUAC